AACCGCGUCGGUAGAUUAAAACUAUCCAGCGAGCCUAUUUAUUUCUUGUAUCAACAAAAACCCCUCUUUUGAAACAACUUCUCUCUCGUAUAGAGAUUCAGCGAUCGUCCUUCUCAUUCCUCUCAGAUCGAAACCCCCAAUGCGAUAGCCAGAUUAUUCCAUUCGAUUGUGAUCUGGCAUAGCAAAGGGGUUGCAUAGUAAAAAUGGUGAAGAUGACGCUGAUUGCUCGUGUUACCGAUGGUCUUCCAUUGGCAGAGGGACUGGAUGAUGGCCGUGAUAUGCAAGAUUCGGAAAUGUAUAAGCAACAGAUCAAGGCUUUGUUUAAGAACCUUUCCAAAGGACAGAAUGAGGCCUCAAGGAUGUCUAUUGAAACAGGGCCUUAUGUUUUCCAUUAUAUAAUCGAAGGGCGAGUUUGUUAUCUGACAAUGUGUGACCGUUCUUAUCCUAAGAAACUUGCCUUUCAGUACCUUGAAGACCUCAAAAAUGAGUUUGAGCGUGUGAAUGGGGCUCAAAUAGAAACAGCUGCCAGACCUUAUGCCUUCAUUAAGUUUGAUACGUUCAUACAGAAGACAAAGAAAUUGUACCAGGACACUCGUACUCAACGGAAUAUUGCAAAACUGAAUGAUGAGCUUUUUGAAGUCCACCAAAUAAUGACUCGCAAUGUACAAGAAGUUCUUGGUGUUGGUGAAAAAUUGGACCAGGUCAGUCAAAUGUCCAGUCGUUUAACAUCAGAGUCUCGCAUAUAUGCUGACAAAGCACGAGACUUGAAUAGACAGGCUUUAAUUCGGAAGUGGGCACCUGUUGCGAUUGUGUUGGGCGUUGUUUUCCUCCUCUUCUGGGUCAAAACAAAACUAUGGUGAUCCAACUAGCCUUUUGUGGUUAUUGGGGAUCAACAACACCCAUUAUUCGUGGGUUUCUCCAGGUAGCUUUUGGUUGCCUGUUUCUGGCACUAGUGUCCAUGCUUCAUAAAGACCUCAGAUGCGCCACACAUUCGGCUGCAAAACAUGUGUCAAGGUGACUUUUGAUUUGGUCAUGGCACAAUCUCUUUCGAGACUAGUUGUGGAGUUAUGAAUGAGAAACCCUUUGCCUAGAAUUUGUACUCUAGAGGCUUUCAUAUUCAACACUAGCUUCCUCAUCUUAUUCCAUUUUAGCAUUCCCCCUCUUGAGUUUGUGCUGGUCCUACUAUUUUAACUCAAUGGGUGGAUCUAUACUUCAUGUUUUACGGAUGCUAAUAUAAUAACAGGAUAGUGCUUCUUGCAGCUGUUCAAGGUCAAUAUAGAAAGGAUAGUAAACAUUGGAUGAUAUGUAUUUGGAUUUCUUAAUAAAAUUGAUAAAGCAUGCUGAAGAAA